UCGCACCUCCCACUGCUGCCUAGGCUAGACCAGACGUAAGUCUUAAGUUCGUCUGUCUACCAACUGCUAACGUUAGUCCAGCGAGCGGGCGAAGCACGAAGAUCUGCAGAUAUCAACAUGGCCCAGGACAACACAGACACGAGCACGUUAUGUCUGUUUGACGUGGACGGCACGCUGACAGCAGCCCGGCAGAAGGCGACGCCUGACAUGUCAGAGUUCCUGACGCGGUUGAGGCAGAGGGUGCGAGUUGGGGUGGUUGGAGGAUCUGACCUGGUCAAAAUCAAAGAACAGCUGGGAGACGACGUGAUUGAUCAGGUGGAUUAUGUUUUUUCGGAGAAUGGACUGGUGGCCUACAGAUAUGGACAGCUGCACUCAAUACAGAGCAUACAGGCCUUUCUGGGGGAGGAGAUAUUGCAGGAUUUCAUAAACUUCUGUCUGGACUACCUGGCUAAGAUCAAGCUACCAAAGAAGAGAGGAACGUUUAUCGAGUUCCGUAACGGAAUGCUCAAUGUCUCUCCCAUUGGCCGAAGCUGCAGCCAACAGGAACGAAUUGAAUUCUUUGAGCUGGACAAAAAGGAGCACAUCAGGGAGAAGUUUGUUUCUGUUUUACAAAAGGAAUUUGCUGGGAAAGGGCUGGCCUUCUCCAUAGGAGGUCAGAUCAGCUUCGACGUGUUCCCAGAAGGUUGGGAUAAGCGCUACUGUCUGGGCAUCGUGGAGCAGGACUCCUAUCAGACCAUCCACUUCUUUGGAGACAAAACCAACCCGGGAGGAAAUGACUACGAGAUCUUUGCGGACCCGAGGACGGUGGGCCACUCUGUGACGUCACCGGACGAGACACAGCGGAUCUGUCAGGAGCUCUUCUUCCACUGAACGCACACACACACACACACACACACACACACACACACACACACACACACAGCGGAUCUGUCAGGAGCUCUUCUUCCACUGAAUGCUCACACACACACACACACUUAUCCCAAGACCUCACUCACUAACCUUGAGUCCCACACCAUCCUAUCCCAAAACACAAAGCCUGUUACCAUAGCAACAGAUUCGGACUGGCUGUAAUUCCGAGCGAGUUACUCCUGAUCCACUUCAGUCUGACUCGUCGCCUCCUCUCGUGAUUGAACUUUGACCUUUGAGCACCACAGACUAUUGCCACGACCAGCCCGUAUCCUCGGUCUUCUUCCAAACGGUGAUUUAGCUCUCUGCUUUUGGUUCUCAGGUGUGUG